AUGUCCAACGACAUCGUCCCCGCCUCAUCCAUGGGCAGCUCCAUGCUUGUAGGGCAGCUGGACGAGAAAAAUCCGGCCAACUACAGUAUUCACGCAGCGCACGACUGGGGCACCAGCACAUUCUCCACAGGCUAUGAAUUUGUGCUGAAUGGAACUGAGCCCAGCGCAGAUCAGACCAAUCUCCUUCGCCUGGAAGACGGAAAAGACGAGAUAGCGCAGACUGUCGCCAUAAUAUGCGAGCCUGAUCGAACAUGGCGACUCCGACUCAAGAUGUGUCUAUACCCAUCGAGCGUUCGUGACGAGGUCCGUACGGACACACCACAUAAGCUGGAUCAAGCCGCGGCUCUAUGUGAUAAUUCCUCCGACUGGACAAUCGAAUGGCUGAUUACGCAAUUCUUGAUUGUGAUCAAGGCGGCUUUAGAGACGGCCCUCAUAAAUGAUGUUCGAUCGAGGUGGAGUCGUGAGCAGCUUGGACUCAUGAAAGUCCACAACUUCUUCACUGUACCAGAGAUUACCACCUUCACUACCCGCAUUGCAUUCCAGGACAUCGUUCGCAGUGCUGGGUUUGAAAGCUCCACGUUGGUGACUGAAACUGAGGCUGCUGCAGCGUGGCGGGUUCACCAACUCUCGAAGGACUGGCACAACUAUCCCUACCUCGUUCCUGGCGCCAAGAUCGUAAUCGCAGAUGGAGGCGGGCUUACUUUGAAUGCGGCUCGGUAUACCAUCGAUGGCUCUGCACAAGAUGGCGCUGCGCUGAAGAUGCACCCCGAUGGAUCGCCGGUUGGUACCGACUGUGGAUCGGAGCUACUGACCAUGCGUUGUCAGGAUCAUGUUCGUACGGUAGCUGCAGAUCAAUAUGGUCAUCUGGACGCGUGUCUCCAUAAGUUUGGUAUCAGCAAGGAAGAAUUUGACCGGUCUGUGGCCAUGUCAUUUGAGCCCCUCAAGAAGGAGUUCCCAGAAGUUGGCUCCUCGGUAAUCAGCGUCGGAGGGAUACUCCGAGAAAAUGGGGAGCUGGAGUUUCUCGAUGUGAGAGUCUCGAAACGCCUCUUCUUGACCUGGUUCAAGGAGACCCUUGAUCGCAUCAUCACUGUACUUGAUCAACUCAUCGAGCCCGGAACUACCAUGCUCUUGUUCACUGGUGGCCUGCUACGCAAUCCAUACCUCGUGAACGGGCUGAAGUCAGUAUACAGUGACAGAGGCAUACAUAUGCCCGACUCAGCCACAACCGUGAGCAACGCAAGUGACACAUCCGUGGUCAAGGGUGCGCUUGCCCGCUUCAUUGUGCGACCAAUCCAGGCAGAUCGGACCCUGUGUCUCGGCAUCAACGAGAAGUCGCCAUACAACCCGGACAAUCAUGUCGACAUUCUGCUCCAUGAAGUGACAGCUGCUGAAGCGGGCACUCCCAGCGACCGCGUUACAAAACUUGAUGGGCAGCUUUACGCUCUAGAUCGGUUUCGCACCAUACUUGCCCCUGAUGCAUUCGUUGGCUCGCGCAACCUUGACGAGGCAGUAGGUGUCUGGCAAGAGUUCAGUGUCACUAUCGAGAAGCCUACACUCGAGACCGCCGUCUACGAAACUCGAACGGGCAAUCCAGAUAAUGGUCCUAUCUUCAAGACGAAUCUGGACUUCCAAGACGACAUCCGCGUGUAUCGGCACGUUAAGCGCACCAUCGACGAGGCAACCAUGAAACAGUAUCAGCAUAGGCUACCGCAUGGUGCAUCUGGCGCACGGCACUAUCGAGUUGUCGCACGGCUCCGGGCAAGAGGAACUUGGCCCAAUGAACACCUUGAACUGGUCCUGGGGCCAGGGAAGGGUGUUCUCCGAGCUCGAAGAGAGUUUGACACCGCCGACCUCGCAAAGUUGUCCGAAGAUCGCAUGACACAGCUUGGCACAGAUGAGCUGCACAACGGGCUCUUUCCCUCCACGCUGCAGCGCAACAGACACCACACUCCAGCCGCGCAUGUACCUGCUACGCCCAUGGCACCUCUGAUCAUGACACCGCAGCAGUCAGUAGCAGAGCCCACCCCGGAGAUCAGAUCAGUUGCAUCAUCACCACUCUUCAUGCCACAAGACAGCCCACUAGCCUCCAGAGCAGCGAGCGAUCGUGUCCUCGAGCAGUUCGAGACCGACGAGGAGUCAGACACCGGUGAUCCAGGGCCGUCGAACAAUGGUGAACACAACUUGUCAACUUCCGAAACAGCACGAAUGUUUGAAGAGCAUGAUGCAUCGUCAACGGACCAACAAAAGAAGAGGCGCAAACGUGUUGAAGAGCCAGAGACUACGAACUAUGAAGGACUUGCAAGGCCAGGAAAACUGCCUAGGGUUCCACCACGGUCCAACGGCUUACCGAGGGUGAAGACCUUGAUGCCGAAGAAUUUGAGGAAGGAUGUGUAUGAUGGACCAUGA